AGCCAGUAACACUAAUAAUGGAAAAAAGCCAACGAUAAUGACAACACUGAAAUGAUUGGGAAACAUAUACCAGGAGACUGGCAACAAGGGAAGAGCCUAGGCGCCUGUAUGGUAGAAUUGUUUGACAGGGGCCUCUGGACAGAUGUCAAGUUUCACUUAAAAAAUCUAAAGCAAGAGCAAACGAUUCAAGCACAUAAAAUUGUCUUAGCAGCAAGAAGUCCUGUUUUCCAGGCGAUGUUUUUCGGACAUUGCGCAGACAGAAAAACCGAAAUCGAACUGAAAGAUGUUGAAAAGGACAUAUUUCUUCUGUUUUUAAGGUAUAUUUACAGCGACACAGUUACACUAAGCGAGAAAAACGCUUCUGCAGUGUUGGAAAUGGCUCACUAUUAUCAAGUUUCAAGCCUGGUAAAGUUUUGCGCUGACUUUCUGACAACCAUUAUCACAACAAAGAAUUGCUGUGAAAUUCUAACAUUUGCUAUGUUUUACAAGCUGCCAAGUCUUAAAACAUCGUGCUGUGCCUUCAUCGACAGCAACGCAGAACAAGUCCUCAAAUCGGGAUGUUUCUUGGACUUAUCUGCAGAAUGUCUUCUGUAUAUUCUAAAAGGCGAUACUUUCUUCGCUAAAGAGGAAGACAUUCUAGAAGCCGCAGAAAGAUGGUCCAGGAAGAAAUUCUUACAGAGUGGAGAGGAAGACAACAGCACAAAUAUCCGUAAAACCCUCGGUGAAUCGUUCUAUCAACUGAGACUGCCAACAAUGUCAAAUAAAGCAUUGCUGGAUAACAUAAGCAGAAAGGGUUACUUUUCAAUUGAGGAAUAUGCAAAUAUUGCAGCAUUUAUCAAUAAAGUUCCUGAUGUAAAUUUGUCAACUAAUUCUUGUGUACCACGUGUAGCCGAGGUUGAAACAUUAACGGUCCAGAUAGACGACGGUUGCACGUAUGCAUAUUCUGAACCUAAGGAUCAGUUGUCUGUUUCUUAUGACUUUUUCAUAUCAAAGGAUGUUGCAUUGUCAAAUUUUGUCUUUUCGAAGAUUGAGCCAUACUUGGAGUACCAAUGGCGCAGUACAACAAAGCUGCCAGACAACAUUGACUUAAUUUUGUCAGGUUCUGUCAUCAUUAAAUGUUUGAAAUUUGAACAAAAUUUUACGCUGCGGCAGCAACAAGAUGAAAAUGUGAAAAUUAAUAUCAGUCCAUUGUUAGUUUUGAGGAAGAGAGAAACACCAUAUUGUGUUGAAAUAAAUAUUGAAUAUAAAUACAAAAAUAUACAAAUGAAGACUAAACUUGAUAGAAACAAAAACCGUAUUUCAAACGAUUCCGGUAACAUAUCGGUCUGCAGCGUGGGUUAUGAAGACUUUUCAGUGAUCAAAAGUAUCGGUUUCCUGAACUUUUCAAAUCGUGACUUGGACAAAGAUAUGAACACUGAAUCCACUGACACGAAGAGUGGUCAACGGAAAUCAAAGAGAAAACGUCGACAUAACAAGUUAGCAACUAAAAAGUAAUUUCAAUAUCGUAACAAGUAGAUAUCGGUAAACAGAAGUUGAAACACGUUUUCCACAGGGCUGUUAUUUGUUUGUAUGAAUUAAGUUUGAUUUAUGGUCGCCGUUGGUACCCAUAAGGGUGACUCCUGCUGUAGACUGUUAGUAAUUGUAGUGGGAAGAUAAUACGACCAAAGUUCAGAGGCUUCACACCCACGGGACUCUAAUUCAAAUUUUCGUGUUUUUCCUUUUUCAUUUGAAAGAGUAGGACAUCGAACUGAGGAUCCCUGGUUUCGUAGUCAGUCAGAUAACGGACCCGACACAAUGCACUCUCCUUCGUGUAUAUCUGGAAAAUUCUCUUUAUUUGUUUUAAUGGAAGACAAGAUAUCAUAACAUUUAGCUUCUUUUUAAUCAUAAUUGUCUUGUUACCUCUUCUAUACUCUUCCACGUGACAAUACUUAUUUAUACGUGCAGUUCAAAUGGUGAACGUAAUUUUACGAUUUCAUAAAAUUAGUGAUAAAUAUGUAAAAGCAAAAGGGUUGGACAACGUUAAUGAGUUAAAUGGGCCCUCCACAACUGUCGCUCUAAAAUUAACUAAAAAUGAAAAUCAUUUUGUCCUAUUUUAUAAUAUUUAGAUAAAUGAAGAUAAUGAACAAUAGGUUGUACAAGUUUAAGAUUAUACUUGUAUUCUAUAGAAAAAUAUAUAAAUAUAGGUAGAAGUACAAUGUUGCAACAUAUGAUAGGUUUUGUAUGUCUGGUCAGACCCACGACUAGACACCCUUGUGUCGUCGUCAGUAUGGCGGUCUGUAUCUACAGAAAGUGUGUGUUGUUAAAACAUCCGUUACUAUGUAAAUCAAAUGUAUAUCUAAAUGUCAAAAUGACACGCUGGUUCUUGUUUAAUUUUUCCCUGUGUAAGAAAACUCUAACAAUAUUUUUUUGUAUUCAAUACCUAUAAACACACAGUGAUUACAAUUAUUUAUUCAUUAAAUGUACAGAGUUAAGACAAACAAAUUGUUUUUAGUAGUGAUGAUUUUAUUAUUACCUGAAAACUGUUCAAUUAUAUAUCAUUCCAUUUUUCUGUUUACUUUUUUUACCUCCGAAUGAUAACGUGAAUUAGAGUCUGAUGGUAAGAGUCUUGACUUUUCAUCUUACAUAUUGUCAUAUCGCAGUCUUCAUAGUUAUAUUGAAUGUUUUUGGAAAAUGCAUUGUGUUUUUCUCUGUUUCUAAUUGAGAUUGAUGUAAGUAAA